AAAGCUUUACAAGGCGGUGAGAUUGUUUUACUAGCAAGUUUCCGUAUUUAUGGCUUUGGAUCUAUAGAACUGCAUCUUUCAUCUUCUUUUAAUGACCCCAUAAUCCACCCUUGCGGGGUGCAGUUUGGCUAACUGAAUGGAGCUGAGUGUUGACUGGCCGGAUGCCCUUCUUGUUGCCAGUACGGAGUUUUCUUCGGAACUGCAUCUUUCAUUGAAAUAAAUCAAAAACCAGGCCUGGGAAAUCCUUGAAUCUCACAUGCUUGGCACCUGACUGUAUUUAUGACGGUGUCAGUGUCCCGGGGUCACGUGAUCCACUUUUGUGACCUUCUGACGAAUAAAGUCAACGGGGAAGCCUGAAUUCACUUAACAACCGUAUGACUGAUUUAACAACUGGGGGAAGAAAAGUCAUAACACUCACCAACAGAAAUGUUGUGCUCAAUUAUGGAUCGGACCAUGGACUAACUCGCUUAGUGAUGGCAUAUCACGAACAUGGACACAAAGCUGCCAAAAUCAAUCCUCUCUUUGCUGGCCAGGCUGUGAUGGAGGUGGUGCCUGAAAUUCAGGUGUUGACGGAAACCUUGCAAGGCCCUUUCAAUACAGCAGGGCUUUUGAACAUGGGGAAGGAGGAAGCCUCGCUGGAAGAUGUCCUGUCUUACCUGGAGGACAUCUUCUGUGGACAUAUCUCCAUAGAGACCAGCCAGCUGUCCAGCAUGCAGGAGAAGGAAUGGAUGACCAAACGGUUUGAGGAACUGAAGCAAGAAGCUUUUACUACCGAAGAGAAAAAGUAUCUGUCCAAGAUCAUGCUAGAAUCUCAGGAGUUUGAUCGCUUCCUAGCCACCAAGUUUGCCACGGUGAAGCGCUACGGGGGCGAAGGUGCGGAGAGCAUGAUGGGCUUCUUCCAUGAAUUGCUCAAGAUGUCCUCGUAUAGCGGCGUGACGGACAUCGUCCUCGGGAUGCCUCACCGGGGAAGACUGAACCUUCUCACAGGGCUCCUUCACUUUCCCCCUGAGCUGAUGUUUCGUAAAAUGCAAGGCUUGAGCGAAUUCCCGGAGAACUCGGCUGCCAUCGGAGACGUCCUCUCCCACCUCACGGCCUCGGUGGAGCUGGAUUUCGGGUCUCACCGCCCGAUUCACGUCGUCUUGUUGCCGAAUCCUUCCCACCUGGAAGCCAUCAACCCCGUGGCAGUCGGCAAAACGAGAGGGAGACAGCAAACUUUGUUGGAUGGGGAUUAUUCCUUAGCCAGUUCGGCUCGGCCGGGAGAUAAAGUCAUUUGUCUACAGGUUCACGGAGAUGCGUCAUUCUCCGGCCAAGGGAUUGUUCCGGAAACAUUUACCCUUUCUAACCUGCCCCAUUUUAGAAUCGGAGGAAGCAUUCACCUCAUCGUAAAUAACCAACUGGGCUACACCACCCCGGCGGAGCGAGGAAGGUCCUCUCUAUACUGUAGCGAUAUCGGUAAGAUAGUGGACUGUGCUAUUAUCCACGUGAAUGGAGAUGAUCCAGAAGAAGUUGUGAGAGCUGCCCGACUGGCGGUCGAGUACCAGCGACUCUUCCGGAAGGAUGUGAUUGUGGAUCUGCUCUGCUACCGGCAGUGGGGUCACAAUGAACUCGAUGAGCCCUCUUUCACCAACCCCACAAUGUAUAAAAUAAUCAGAUCCCGGAAAAGCAUCCCGGAUACUUAUGCGGAGGGCCUAGUGGCCGAGGGACUUACAACCGAGCAGGAAAUAUCGGAGAUCAAAACUUCCUAUUACUCCAAACUUAAUGAACACCUUUCCACUAUGGCGAUGUACGCGCCUCCGUGCCCCAACCUCCAGGCCCACUGGACCGGCCUGGUGGAGCCCACGCCGAGGGUCACAACAUGGGAUACCGGCGUUCCGCUGCCACUCCUCCAGUACGUUGGGGUCAAGUCGGUGGAAGUGCCUGAAGAAUUACAACUGCACAACCACAUCCUGAAGACGCACGCUCAGUCAAGAGUGCUGAAGAUGGAGGAAGGAGUGAAAUUAGACUGGGCCACCACUGAAGCAUUGGCUUUUGGUUCCCUACUGUGUCAAGGUUUUAACAUUCGCCUGAGCGGGCAAGAUGUGGGUCGAGGGACGUUCAGCCAGAGACAUGCCAUGUUGGUUUGUCAAGAGACGGGGGAAACCUACAUCCCUUUGAACCACAUGUCUGCAGAUCAGAACGGCUUCCUUGAGGUGAGCAACAGCCCCCUAUCCGAAGAAGCAGUGCUGGGCUUUGAGUACGGGAUGAGUAUCGACAGCCCCAACCUGUUGCCCAUAUGGGAGGCUCAGUUUGGGGAUUUCUUCAACGGAGCCCAGAUCAUCUUCGAUACGUUUAUCUCUGGAGGAGAAGCCAAGUGGCUCCUGCAGAGCGGACUGGUGGUUCUCCUUCCUCACGGCUAUGACGGGGCUGGCCCGGAACAUUCUUCUUGUCGGGUCGAACGAUUCUUGCAGAUGUGCGACAGCUCAGAGGAAGGGAUCGACGGUGACCACGUAAAUAUGGCCGUGGUCCAUCCAACCACCCCGGCGCAAUAUUUCCAUUUACUUCGGAGGCAGAUGGUUCGAAACUUCCGGAAGCCCCUCAUUGUGGUGUCGCCCAAAACUCUCCUUCGCUUACCUACUGCCGUGUCAGGCUUACUUGAAUUGGCCCCUGGAACCACGUUCAAACCUGUCAUCGGUGAUUCAACAGUAGAUCCUAAAAGUGUCAGCAAGGUGAUUCUCUGUUCUGGCAAACAUUAUUACACUCUGGCCAAACACCGAGAGCUGCUUGAAGAGAAGAAGCACAACACUGCCAUUGUGAGGUUAGAAGAAUUGUGUCCUUUCCCUCUCGAAGCUCUGCGACAAGAGAUGAACAAGUUCACUAACGCCAAAGCUUUUGUUUGGAGUCAAGAAGAACCUCAGAACAUGGGGCCCUGGACAUUUGUGUCCCCAAGGUUUGAAAAGCAACUGGCUUGUAAGCUCUGCCUUGUCAGCCGACCUGCCUUACCAGCUCCCGCCGUGGGCAUCGGAGUUCUGCACCAGAAACAGCAGCAAAACCUCCUCACCGAAACAUUUGCUUAACCCACCGUGGGACUUUUGCUGUUAACAACGAGGCCUGGAAAGCCAAAAAUCUGAAACUUAAAAAGACUCUUUUACUCUUGAGGUCUAACAUGCUGCCGCAAUGAAUUUGGCCGAACCGGAGAUAUAAAACGGGAGCUUUCCUCUUCCUUUUCCUGCAGCAGAACAGAUGUCAAAUACUGCCAAGGGAAAUACCUGGGAUUUGAACCUGUUUACAUUUCUCCGCCUUUGCACCUAUGGGUGAGCGUGGCGAACAGACCAACGUUUUUCAUUAGUACAAUGAUUGUUAUAGAAGUUCUUAAAUUGUAUUGCAACGCAGCUGGAGAGAACUUGCUUGCUGGCUUUCCUGCGGCAUUACAAAACAAACUGCAAGAUUUAAUUUUAAUUUUAUUUUCCGUUUUUAAAAAAAUGUCCCAGGAUGAAUUUCUCAAAGAAUUUCUUAAAGUAGUUUUUCUGAGACUACAGGAUAGAGUAUUUAUUACAGUUGAUUUGCCUUUGACAACAAUGUUAAGUAUUUGUAAACCACAGUAAAUCAGGGAAUUUUUAAAUACACAGGGAUUAUUUUACACAUAGCUCUGAUUACUAAAACAAGCCCUGUUAUAUGGGUGCAUUUAACCAUCUUCCAAAAGCUACAUAGGCCUACUUUAUGCAAGUAAAAAAUUAAAUCUGGGUUAUGGCAUUUUGGAUUCCAGACAGUGGAAUAAUGUUGCUAAACAAUUCUCGUCAGGAAAAAAAUUAAUUUUUAUGUACAAAUUAACGUCUUCUAUAUAUCUGGGUGCUGUGUGCUAGCCUUAAAUUCAUUUUAUGAUGUACUUAAAUAUGAAGCCAGACAGAUUUUCCAUUCAUGGUACAAGUAGAAAUACAAAGUAGAAAUAUUUUCAGCAUCAACUUUGCUAUGAAAUGGAUUAUGAAAGGUGUUGUUUUUUUUUGCCAUCUAGUCAACGUUGAGUCUUAUCAACCACAUACACAGAUUUUUUUUGUGGGGAGGGGGAGAAGAUUUGAAAAAGAGAAAAAAUAAAUUGAAAACUGCAAUUGUUUGAUGAAUUAUAGCACGUUCGGUUCUCACAUCUCUAAAACGGGAUUAAAUUGAUAUUCUGUAUUAUGAAAUAAUGGGAGUGUAAAAUAUUAUUUUUCCUCUUUCAUUUGGUUUGCUUUGAAUGCCUUAACUCAGGGGUCUGCAAACUUGGCUCUUUUAAGACUUGUGGACUUCAACUCCCAGAGUUCCUCAGCCAGCAAAGUCCACAAGUCUUAAAAGAGCCAAGUUUGCAGACCCCUGCCUUAACUGCAUACAACGUUUUAGGAACUGUUGACAAUUGAUUUCUUUUCAAAUCUUUUCACGGUUCCAAAGCAACAUGUAUGGCGUUCCCCAAAACGCAUUUUCUAUUUCUUUAUUGCCUUGAAAGAUCUUAUCCUGGAACUCGUGGUAUCUCUGCUGAUUUGGGGCCGGAAGUAAAUUUCUCAAGGAUGAUUUUAAGUUUGGAUAGGAGGAAAAAGCUACCAGGGCAAAUAAAUCUAUCUGUGGAGUAAAGUGCUGUUUGGACCCAGUUUUUGAAUUGAAAAUUGCCACUAAAUGCAACUCCCGUUCCAAAUUAAGGCAUCCUUGACAGAUGGCUCUCUUGUUUUCUGCUUGAAGAAAAACUGAUUUUUACUGUUGCUGCUGUAACUCUUUUUCAGAGGGAAGCAAAGACAUGGCCUUGAAUAUCAAGGCACAGCACUGUAAUAAAACUGUAAAAUCAAAAUUACAUAGA